UCAACACAUGGCACACUGUUCAGCGUCCCCUGUGGAUGGCACAUGUCUGUCGCAUUGUCUGUGGAUGGCAGCAACUGCUGGCAUCUUUGGCAAAGUACAAACCUGCCACCUUGGAACGUCAAGGACAAGAGAUUCAUCGAAGAUGGUAAAGCGGCUGAAGCGGCUGGUGGAGUCGGACAUGGGCAAAGGGCAGUCAGCCACUGUAGUUGCUGAGCCUCAGGUGGAUAUAGGUGGGGGCGUCCUGGUAGGAAGCCACCACCUGACGUAUUUGAAAAGCCGGUGCGAAGGGAACGCUACAAAGUUCGCCAGGGCCCUCUUGAGGGUUCUCUUCUCUCCUGAAGAGUUGCGCGGGAAGUCCCUCUUCGGCGUGGCAUCGAAUGCCCACAAGAACAAGGAAGCAAAGGAGGGGGUUGACAGGAAGAGAGUAAACGCAUUGAUUGGUAAGGGCAUUUGA